CUCUGUGCUACAACCUUGUCUACCUUCACUUAAAUGCAUGUGGAAUGAUUCGACUUCUAGCGUCUGUCUGUUGGUGCUCAGUUCUCUAGGUAAAGAGUGCUUCUUCUGGUUUUCUCGAAUCUCUCGCGCUUGGAGAGGAUAGACAGACCUUGGUCUUCAGGUCUGUUGGGGUCAGUUCACGAACCAUGACUUCCUCGCCCGUCGUACCGGGCCAGGUUCUGGCCAGCACAUCUUCACACAUUCCAGGUCCGGGAACUCACGUCUACGAGAACAACAUCCUCGCCUCUAUCCUGGGACAAUCACUCAUCACCCCGGCACCGAACAGAUCAGGCAAGCCAACAGUCUCUGUACCCCGUCAAGCCACGGCUAUAGCUUCCCUCAACUCAUUGCCAAAGGUUGGCUCUGCCGUUCUCUGCCGCGUCACGAGGGUCCGACAGAGGGAACUCGGCGCCUCGAUCCUGGCCAUCGUCGACCCGUCCUCGUCGGGAGCCGUCUCCGCCAGCGAAAUCAUCUCUUACUCCCAGAUCACCGACGACGACCUCCAAUUCCAAUGCAUCCUUCGGCGCGAAGACAUCCGCACGCACGAAAAGGACAAGAUCGUCAUCAACGACAUGUACCGCGUCGGCGACAUCAUUCGCGCCACGGUGAUCAGCUUGGGUGAUGAGAGGAACUACUACAUUAGUACGGCGGGGAAUGAGUUCGGCGUCGUGGUGGCCACGAGUGAGGCUGGCAACGCAAUGGUUCCCGCAAGUUGGAAGGAGAUGAAGGAUGCCCUGACGGGCAAGGGCGAAAGUCGCAAAGUCGCAAAACCUUCGUGAAAGCCCGUGCAACAAACAACGCUCCUCGAAAAGGUCUGGUCUAUUUUCCAUGUACGAGCCAGAUAUCGUCAUGGCCGAACCCUCGGCAAAUACUACAAGUGGCGGGAUCUGCGAAGGGGCACAUUACCCGGAUUACAGCCAGGACGUCCUCAGCUGUAUCAACCCGCACUGCUACGCUUCUGUGAGAGCGAAAGAGGGUGUGGUUACACCCUGCUUCGUCCAGAAGUCGCAGCGCAAGCAAAUGUGAAGCUCAGCUUGCCUAACCAGAGCAAGCUCACCAGGCCUUUUCAAGCCCUGUCUCGCACCACGCCACGGACAGGAACAAGGCGCUGACUGACAGGACUCUUCAGGCUGAAACUGGGUGAGCGAUCCACAGCAAUAAAACUCAGUGUCCUGAAUGAGAUAGGAGACAGAGCUCUCACAAUGCAAUCACCCAGCGUCAGCUCCGCCCUGCCAGCGCUGAGCCGAGAUAUUGCUGGGUGGAGAUGGAAACGCGAGGAAAUUUGGACCAGACCAAGACUGCUUCUCCGGCCUCGCUCUUGAAAUUCAGACUCGGGACAAACUCAAAGUCCAAUUCGAACUCCGAACAUACUAUCGGUCACGUCCUCUUCCAAACGCCUCUCCAGGGUCCUUGCAAGAGGUACAGUAUGUGCCUACAAGCGCGCCAGCUACCUACCGAGACAGAUGAAGAUCUCUUCCCACCAUUACCUCUUGACAUCCACCAUCUCCAUCUCCUUCUUCCUCCCUCUGUGAUUCCACGC